AUGAAGGGGGUACAUGAAGACAACGCUGAGCUGUUUGCUCGCAUCGGGAAAGAAAUAUGUGCGCGUCAGAAUUGCACCGUCAAAUCUGGUGUGAAUCAGAUGACCGAGAGCGAUAUAGCCAUCAGUGCCACGUUGAAAGAUAUGCUCGGGGGCCUCGAGAAAAUGCAUAAUGACUUAAGAGAGAAGUGGCAAGAAUAUCAAAAGAAAGCUAACGAUGUGGAGGCAAGUGGAUCAUGUCAAUUCAUGGAGAAGGCAGCAAAAAAUGUCAGUUCUUCUUCAUGCUUGAAGGCAACAAAGGAGACAUCUGCACCAGUAGGUGUACCUGAUUAUCAAAGCAAUGGACAAGAUCAUGCACAGAAUGAAAAUGCUGCUGGCCCAAAGAGGAAGAGGUUGAGACAUCCAUACAAGUUCAUUGAUCCUGUUUCUGAGGAAGAAUAUGAAAAAGUCAACAAGUGCCUGUUUGGAAGGCUUAGCCUCAGUGUAGUGCAAGCAGCAGCUGAUUCCUUUAACAUGUCCCUCAAGUCCAAGUAUGAACUCAUCAAUAAACCCAAGGGAACUGUCAAGGGCCCAGAUGCACUUGUAAGGGAACGAAUGAAUCAGCUUCAAGAGUUGAAUAAAGAAGUCAUUUUGAAAAUGGAGAACAGAAUCACUCUGGCUGAGUUGUCUCUUGGAUUGGCCCAAACUCUUGUAGUUGCUCUUGUUGUAGCAAAGCAGGAGCCUAGGACUGUCCUGCUCAAGAAGCAUAAAUCUAAGGGUCGAGAUGAUGAUACAGAGAGGACAGUUCUGAAGUUUACCAUCAGGGAUUCUGAGGUGGAUGUCGUGAAUGUGUCAUGCUGGGGUCCCAAGUCCAUGGUCCAUGAUCUCAAUGAUCUUUUCCACAUUGGUGAUGUCGUUGAAAUCUUCAAUGCAGAGAUUCAGCUUCGAAGUGCUUUUGACAACAGGGAUCAAUAUGAGCCCUUCACAACAAAUCCAUUUCACUUGAACCUGGUUGAGGGUCACACAACCCUUGGUUGUUAUUCUGGUGACUGGUCACCAUUCAUCCCUCUCUUCCGUCUCCCAACCCGACCUCCUUCCGAAUUCCUCCCCCUCUUUGACCUCGUCCGCAAGGUGGAAUCCUCUCACGCCCCUUACGUCACUAAUAUGCUUGCUGUUGUCCGCAAAAUUGGAGAUGUGAAGGACUUCACUGGAAGUAUGGUGGUGUAUGUAAGUGAUGCAACUGUGAAGUGGGACUCCUAUCGCAAUUCAGUCACAGCAGCCACAUCCUCCCGAACUGUUGUUACCUUCAACCCUGAGUGCAGAGAGGCCCAGCAACUUGAGGGAUUCAUUAGCACUGGAGCCCUGAAGCUCACCACUAAUGAUGAAGAGAGGACUCUCCCUGAUGCUAUUUCUGGGAUCACCACCAUUUAUGGAAAUGUGGCAGAGGUGAAGAAAGAACUGGAGUCUGGAUUGGAAGUUUCAGGGAUCCUUUAUGCUCUCAUCAGUCACUUUGACCUUGAUGGGCCUGUCUCAUUGGUUCUUUAUAAGUGUUCACUGUGUGGGAAUAUCAAUCGUUCUGGAGAUGAAGACUGCUCCAACCAGGAAUGUGGUGCAACACUUGACACUUUCCAUCCUUUCUACAGUUUUCAGAUGUCUCUGACUGACCCAAGUGGAACUCUCAAUAAUUGUCGCCUGACUCCCUCUGUUGCAGAAAGUAUCACUGGUGUGAAGGUGGAAGGAUUUCUGCUGAUGGAGGAAAGCCAAAGGACCCAGAUGAAGUGGGAUUACUUAAUGGAAAGAUUCAAAAUCUACUUCCAAGCACGUCCCAGUCAGAAAGCAUCUUUUCCAGCCCCUUCUGUUCGGAUCUUGGCUUUGGAACCUGUCACUUGGGAUGAGGCUCUCAAUGUCAUCAAGUAA